GUGGGCAGUAACGAAGUACAUUUACUUAAGUACUGUACUUAAGUACAGAUUUUGAGUAUUUGUACUUCACUUGAGUUAAUUUUUUUUUAAAUACUUUCACUUUCACUUCACUACAUCUGAAUGACAAAAAUCGUACUUUUAACUUCACUACAUUUCUGUUAAGGCUCUCGUUACUUUUAACUUUCAAUAAACUAGGUCUAGCCUAUAUCGAAACUCUGUCCCCCCCUCCCCUCUCUUCUAAAAUGUGAUGGUUUGUUCACAGGUGACAGCCUAUCACUAAUCAGGGUUGCGUCACAUCUGUGCGCUAGGCUAUAAAACCAAGUUCAACGUCUAACCGUUCUCUAUUCCUAAAUGGACAGCAAGAUGGAGGUAGAUGGAGACAGAGAUGAAGGUGGAUGCCCUGUCGAGUACUCGCACCCAUGGCCGUAUCUCGACAAAAUGUUUAAGUUUACUGAACGGAUGAACGAUUCCUAUCGUUUUAAAUGCAUGCUUUGUUUGCCGAAAGUAAACCACAUCACUGCAUACAAAAAUUCGCCGUCCAACCUGCGGAAGCAUAUUCUGAGGAAACAUAAUUGUCAGCUGGCAAAGUACUGUGAGCUAACCUCGGUGGCCUCCAAGAGGAAAACCGACCCAGGAACGACCUCAAACACCAAGCAACUGAAGCUGCGGGAAACGAGGCAAGUGUCUCAAAAAACGGUAGACAACUCGAUACUCCGCUUCAUUGUGCAAGGUCUCCAAGCCUUCUCCCUCGUAGAACAACAGUCAUUCCAGACCCUAGUCCAGGAUUUGCAGUCAAACUCUGUUGUAAUGUCUCAAGCUACGGUUUGCCGCAGAAUUGAGACAGCCAUGACUACCAUGAAGGCAAAAGUUAAGGAAGAAAUGAGCAAGACUGCUUACAUUGCCACAACAACUGACUGUUGGACUGCAAGGAGGAGGAGUUUUAUUGGUGUGACUGCACACUGGUUAGAUUCCUCCAGUUUUGAAAGACAUUCUGUGGCUCUUGUGUGUAGAUGGAUCACACAUUUGAUGUCUUGGCAAGUGCAUUGAAUGACAUAC